AGGUAGUAGACGGAACUUCCUUUAAGAUCUACGAAAAAGAUUGUGUCUGCUCUUCAUGUUCGUCUUACUAUAUAGCUCCUUGCAAUGAGCGCGAGGCGCUGCUAUAUUGAGAUCCUGAAUUAUCUGCUUGUGCGUCGUUUCCCCACGACGCCAACCUGGUAGAGCCGAUCACUAGUUAUUACAUUUUUCGUUUCGUCCGCUCAUGUCCGCCGCGCGUUCGCCAAUCGUGGGACCUGCUGCAACGGGUGGAAUUGCAUCCUCCUCGAUACCAAAAAUGUUGCUACAGCAGCCAAUGAAGCAGCUCUCUUUGCAGCAUAAUCCAACGCAGUCUGGGGCAGUAGGAGGAAGUUGCUCAACUUCUGUCCGGCUAUCCGCUGUGGAAACGAUUAACCAAGUGCGAGCGAACCACUCUGCCCCUUCCAUCGGGAUCGAGGCGGCAUCGUCCGAAAGCAUGGCCCUUCACAGUUCUGCAUCCGCCAGUGCAAGAGCAGCGUUGCGUACGGUUCCAACCCCUUUGAGGUUUUUUUCAACCGCGACCGCCUCACAUCAGACAAGCGGUUGCAGUACACCGGCGGCAGCCCGAGUUGGUGUUGUUUCGCUGACCACAACUCCGGUUUCGUUUCAGGCGAGAAACAACACGCUUGCCGUAGCAGCUGCCCCCGUUGGGUCGCCGGAAGAGACGGAUAAUUUGGUGCAUUUGAGCCUUGACUGCAAGACCCCGAGUUUCAGUGGCGGCCUGCCGUCGCAGCUAUCGGACCCAUUGGUUGUUCAAGAAGAUGACAGGAAAAUGAUGGCAGCUCGUUUAGAAGAACCUAUUGGUACAACUACUGAGCCAACCGGCGCCCGACCAGCCACUCUGUUUGCGACAUCAUCAACACCGUCUUGCUCUUCGUUUAGUGGCUCACGACAUCAGUGUGCUGAAGAUGCUGGUGUUUCAGCCACGGCCGCCAGCGGACAUCAAACCAGUACGGCCGCGCCGCUCUUCUGCCCGCCCACAUUUGUGCGACGCGGAAGUCCGGUAUCCUGUGCAAAAGUAUCGUAUUCGUAGUAAUUACAGAUAUGCAUGACAAAUCCAAUUUUCUACCUGAAAUAGCAUGACAAACUGCAUUUUUGUUCUUGGGAAAAUUUGUAAUGCAAUUUAUACUAGUACGAUACUUUUGCAGUGCAUAUCCGGAGCCCAGGAAGAGCAUCGAUCCAGCACGAGGAGCCACCUUGAGGACUACAUCUUCGCAACUGCAUCCGCAGGACCAAGUUGUACGUGGGAUUGGAGAUCAUGUUGUAACUACUCCCGCAGGUGGACCUGGCCCUCCAGUUCUGCGACGGACGUUAACAUUUGACGGAGCCGGUUUUAGCCAGGAGACGAUCUCACCGCAGCCCCAUAAUGCCACAGUGGGCAAGAGCAGUUCGGCCAUUGAGCUGAAUACGCGCACGUUGAUGCCGCGGCGAAGCCCGGGCGGCACACCAACAGCGAUACUGAACCUUCGAAGGCCUGCUUCCUUCAAGAAGCCAACGACCGCGGUGGAACAGCAAGGAGCUUUUUCUGUCGGCAACGAAUUAGGGCGCCGACGCGUGGCGGAUCUACAGCACUAUCAGGACGAGGCGCAAGAGGGUGUGCUGGAUGAGGAUGUGCAACAAGGUAGCAGAGAACAUCGGCAGGAGAGUGCUGGCCAAGUAGACGAAGACAAGGACUAUCGACACCAAUUAAGGCCCCGACCGGAGGUGCUUGGAAGUUGUUUUAACUACGACGCAUCCGACCGAAUUUUUUCACCCAUGGACGUGGCUGGUGAUCUAGCAUCACCCGUGGACCACGAGCGGGUUCGGAAGAGCAAAAACCUGUGGUCGGGAGUUGCCGCACAAGGAAUAGAGCGGGCCAAAUUUCCAGAUCAUCACACACAGCAUCUUCGUUGUCCUCCGGGGCAGGCAACUAAUAGGCCUCCGCUCGGCUUGUCCCCUCCAACAAGUUCGGCGCAUCGCAACAAUUGGCACCAGCUUGCCCGCGAAAGCAAGUGGAUUCCGCCGGAGCAGGGGCGCGAGAUGGAGGCUCGCUUGAAAAUUUUGAUCGAAAAAAUAGAGCAACAACAGGAGACGACAAGGGCACUUCUGACAGAAAAGCUCUGCCGCGAAGCAGAGCUGUUGCACCUGCAACAAAGACUGCAGAGCGGAUUGCCCAGUCCAGCGGGCAACGGUGGAACAAGCACCUCUGGUACCUCAGCAGCGCCGCUCGCUCCAUUCAGCAGGCAUGCCGUCGGGGAUACCGCCACCCAGAAACGUUCCAGCACUAACUACGGGCUCGGCAUGCCGCCCACGGCACCAGGCGCAGCUGGCGGAACCAAACCGAGUCUCAGAAGUCUGACUGGAGGUUCAGGAGGCACAGCACCACAAGGUUCGUCCGCACCACCCGGAAGCUCUUCUGGCCGCAGGCGGAUCCUGAAAAAGCCCUGCAACGCCGCCAACGCGUCUACUGCUUCAUCUUCGAAGACACGACUGCUGCCUGACUGCCAGCGAAUGACGGCGACUCACGUCCAGGUACUUACGAUGGUUUUCUUCAUUUUGAUUUUUAACGCCCCGAUCAUUUGUUUUUAGUGCGUCAUUCACAUUUUGAUGGUAUCGGUAGGAUCAGGACGAGAUUGAUGUAAUGAUCAUCGUAAAUGAACAAGAACAGUAUAAUGUAUGAUUUUCGUGUACUAGUCAGUGCUUGUGUUCUGGUGCAGGAAAAUGCAUGGUCAACAUCUUCGCCCUGCCUCACCUCGCAAGCAACAUUUUUUGUUUUCACUUCCCUCCCUCUACUCCCUCAUACGGGUCACGACUCCUGCUUCUGCAUGAAAAAUGAAUACGCUUAUCAGGACCCCGAUUCUGUGAGUCCAACCACAUUUUUGGAUUGCACGAGUAAGAGCGUUGCAGACCCGGUCUCCGUCUCGGUGGCACGGUCCUCAUGGAAUCGUAAGUCAAACUCGACGACGAACACAAACCCGAGAUCGUCUUCGAGCAAGAAAACGUCAAUCUGCUCCCCCGCACCGUCCCCGGAUACCGUCUUCAGCAAGUCGUCAGGUAGUUGCAUGUCACUCUCUGUUCUGGGAUCGCCAAGCCCCGUGUGCAGCGAUGGUGCGGCAACCAGUUGCGUGGCGCCAGAGGAGCAGCCGAUUUCCACCUGGCCACUGCCGCCGGGUGGUGUCGCCAGUGGAGAUCUGGAGGAUCCGGGAAGAACUGCACCAGUUGCUGACCGUUCUUGGGCACAAUCCGAGGCUUUUAUUUCAUCCAUCUCUCCCGACCUGAUGCUAACGAACAAAAGAAACACGACCGCUGCCUCGUUCUCGCGACGGGAUAAAAUGAAUAUCAAAGGUAGAUCCGCAACGUCGACGAGCACUAGGAGAACGCAUAAGGAUAAAGAAGACCGCAGCGAGCGAACAGACGCAGACCUGCACAGACGUGUUGAUGUUGUUGAGACUUCUUCUAGACCACGAACUUCGCAGCAGCUUCCAGAGUCGAUGUCGCCUGCCGAUUUUGAUCCCUGUGGCCUCGUAGACUGGGGGACAACUCAAAACCGCUUGUCAAUAAGCAAGCCUCCUCAUUCUAUCGCAAAUGAUCAUGCGCUAGCGCGCUCGUCAGCAAGACCAUCACGGCCGAUUCCUACCCAGCACUCGUCCACAGUCGUUUUGCAACGACAGCAGAAACAGCAUGUUAACAGCGCUUGCCUAGCGAUUGAGGCUGGAGAAAAAACGUCAACUUUUAAAAGUUUCAGCCAGUCACUUUUGGAUGAGAUGGAUGACGCUGCGAUGCUUCGCGAAUCUACAGAUGAAGUAGAGCAAGCAGCACCUGGCCCUGAGUGCGAACGUUCCUCUGGAAGGAACGAAACGCAAAACCUGCAUCAAAUUCUUCCAGGUCCAGAUGUAGCAAAGUGUGCGGGGGCCGUCGACGACGAGAGACAACAAAUCAUAAAAACGACAAAGAGUACUAGGGCUUCCUCGUCAUCAAAAUUUCUCCAGCGUGAUCAUCUGCAGCCAGUCACAUGCAGCCCCUUUGCAGACGAUGCAAAUCAAGGUUCUGAAUUUGCUUCUGUGCUCGUCGCGUCGCCGAAGCUCGUGACAAGUCCGGCCCCAGCACCGCAUCAAGAACACUUGCACGACUACCGCUACAGGGGGAGUUACGACCACUCGGAGCGUGGGGGGCCUCUUUAUUUCUCCAGAAGCAGUUUGAGUAAAACAGGCACUAGCACCACUCGAGGCGUCGGGACAGGCACGCUGAGCGGCAAUUCUGCUGGAGCAAAACGAGAUUCGGGGACAGUGUUGCAGGUACAACGUAAAGCUAGCGUCUCCAGCGCUAGCAUUUGCAAAACUUAGCUACUAGUUAGAACACAUGGACAGGAUGAUGAGCUAGUCCUGUUUGUUUGAAAAUACUGCCGGUUGUGCCCCUGGUCGUGGUGCGUGUUGACACUGAUCACCUAUAGCUUCUUCUUCAUUUUGGAUAAAUUUUGAUCCAGAAGAUCGACGAUGAAGAUCUGGAUUCACCAGCUUCAGCAGAUGUUUGUUAUGCUCGAGGAUGAGUCCCUCCGUGUCCGACUGGGUUGCUGUCACAAAUGUAUGUGAAUACAUACCUGCUCCUGAGGUAAUCAUUUAUGGACUCAACAGGUCGCAGCUUCGCCUUCGAUCUUAAAGCCUCGCGUGAUGCUUCCUGUAGCCCCUGGCGGAAGUAGAGCAGCCUCCAACGCAGCUGGCAACAGCAAACGAGGCGUGAGGCGGCCCAGCACAUCCUCGGGGACUGCGAGUGCCGCCCUUCCGCGACCCUCGAUUCACCAAGCGUUGCAUCAUUUUCGCCGGACGAGUACACUGCUGUCACCUCCCUACGGGACCAGCAGUAGUGGACUGGACAACGAACCACACACAGCUCCAUCUAGGGGCGGAAUAGUUGACCGCGCCAACGCUUCAUUCUUCGAAGCGGCCCCCCAUCUCCUGGCACACCAGCAAAGGCAAAGGGCUCCGGAUCCCGUCACAAUAGUACGGCGCAGCCACGACGGCGUUCAAGUACAUACACUAAUAUCAUACUUUUACUUCAAUACUUAUGACAACUGGCACUGCUAUAGCUUUUUCCUUUUUCGUACGGGUAUGUUCUGCAACCACUACAUCAACUCUGCUUCAUUUUUUCUUUUUGUAUAAUUCGUGUUAAGAAGAAUUUCCAUUAUUUCGGUCUCGGUCUCCUGUUGAUCCUACCUGUACCUGGGGCGCGAAAAAGAAACCACUUGACGACAGCGAGGACUGACCACGUCCAGAAGCACUGCGUCGGUUUUUUUCAAUGGCCUGCACGACACCAGAAGGGAGCGACCACCCACGUCAAGUGGCGUUUCGGGGGGAGCUGCGCCUCCCGGGGAUGUCAACCGCCGCCAUGGUCCGUGGGAACCGGAACGCCGAGGACUAGAGAGUCGAUGCGUGGCUGCUUCGAGGACGAGCAGUACUGGCAGCCAAUACAACAACUCGUUCCAACCGCCCAAACGCCGGGCAAGCUCCACCCAAAAGCUGUCAGCGUCGACGUCCUGCCUCUCCCGUGAUCAUCAUGUUGCUGCACCCAGGGCGCCAGCUGUCUCGAGGCAGUCUAUGACUAUGACGCUGGCAAGAACUCGUGCCAGCAGCAGCAGUGGAAACCGGGUCGAAAAGGCACACGAAAACCGAAGUGGACCUUGUUCCUCAAUUAUGUCAGUGCUGCGCGAUGAUCUCUUGUCGCACGACGCGCAGCAGAUCCAGGAGAACGGUGAUCAGCUUGUUGCUUGCGAUCAUGCUGGUCGUGCUUUCACUAGUCUUCCAGACUGCGCUCAAUCACUUUCUCCAGAGAUAGAGAUUCCUGAAGUCUCGGCUUUUGCGACAGCAGAUGAACUUCUACAGCAAAAGGGGCAGCCGCAGCUUAUGACGUUCUCAACUGUUACAUUCUCAACUAUUACAUGGAUUUGUGAUGCAAGAAUGGCAAAAGUGAAAGGGGUCACCUUGCGCGUCUUGCAUAACAGAUCUGGCAAAGAUUCUCAGCCUGUUUGGCUCUUCGAGAAUUUGUCAUGCGAAGCAGCUUGAUCGUGUCGAUUCUGAUUGUGAUUUUGCAUUGCAAAUCAUGUAACAGUUGAGAAUGUAUUAACAUUUGAGGACGCCAUACAGCUGCGACUUGCCGGAAGGAAGGAGCGUGGCGCGAAUCCCUACCUGCUCGGGUUGAGCUUGAGUCCCUCAGGCUCGGCAGUGCAUACAGCGCGCUGGCACUGAAGAUUGUGUUAAAAGGACGGCCGCGGCACGAUUCUGAUCAUUACUCUCACUCCAUGUUAUAGUUACGCCGAGUUGGACUUCUGCGGGUUUUGUACUGUCUUCUAUGCAGCAGCGGUACUUCUAGAUUGAUGAAAAUUGUGUCUAUGGAACGUCGCAGAAGCGAUUGCGCGAUGAUUACUUAUCGAAAUCGAUAUCAAAGCAAAGGAAUACUACUGUUCAACAUUACAUGUAGUACUGCACCUGAACAAGCAGAGAGCUGCGUUUCAUGUCAUCAGCUGGGUUGUAAAUGUGUAUCUUGUAAUAUCGGACGGGGACGAACUACAGCCGAUAGCUUCAGUGUGAGCGACCCGAUCUCAUGCUCUUGCUCACCCUCAGAUGCAACAAUCGAUCUUCCCUACUUUGUUAAGACACGCGACUUUAUUAUGGGGGCGGUGUUGGUUUGUUAUUGUUUUUCUUCAGGAUAACAAGAAAGCGUGUAAAUAUCUUGAUAUACUCGAUCAGCAGUGCCACAGGCACAGGCACAAGAACAGUUCCUUG